CUGUUCUGCUGGCCUCCUAGGCCUCUGUACUUGCACCUACAUCACUGUGCCUCCAAGUCCCCACCUACAGGAGUAACAGAAGGAAAAGGGAAGAGGGCGCAGAUGUGAGGAUGCUCCCCAAGAUCAGAAUUUGGAGACACUGGUGCGGGUGUGACAGCAGGAGUGCAGAAUGUGCAAGGCCUCCUGGAAGAAGGGACCUGGGAGAAGAGACAAGCACCGGACUCAGAACCUUAGUUAAUGCCCAUAUUUCCUGGAUGGAAAGCGGAGCUAGGGCAGCACCUGGAGAAGACUGUCAGAAAACGGAAGGAGAAACAGGAACAGCGUCGUGUCCCAGAAAUCGCACUCUCAAACCAUGAAUUACGUGGGGCAGCUGGCCGGGCAGGUGAUUGUCACUGUGAAGGAGCUCUACAAGGGCAUUAACCAGGCCACACUGUCCGGCUGCAUCGAUGUCGUGGUGGUGCGGCAGCAGGACGGCUCCUACCAGUGCUCGCCCUUCCACGUGCGCUUCGGGAAGCUGGGCGUCCUGCGGUCCAAAGAGAAAGUGAUCGACAUAGAAAUCAAUGGCGAUGCAGUGGAUCUUCACAUGAAAUUGGGUGACAACGGGGAGGCUUUCUUUGUGGAGGAAACCGAAGAGGAGUAUGAAGAGCUUCCUGCUUACCUCGCCACCUCACCCAUCCCUACUGAAGAUCAGUUCUUUACAGAUAUUGACCCCCCUUUGGUGAAACCAGGUGGAAGUGAAAGACCAUCACAGAGUUCAGACGUCUCCCACGUUCUGGAAACAGAGACAGUUUUCACCCCCAGUUCUGUGAAAAAGAAAAAACGAAGGAGGAAGAAAUGCAAACAGGACAGUAAGAAGGACGAGCAGGCCGCUUCCCCUGCUGCAGAAGACGCCGUGGGUGUGGAGCUGAGCUCGGAUGAAGGCGAGGCGGCCCAGUCGGCAAGAGGAUCUUCAAAUGCUUCCUUAAAGGAGGACGAGUACAAGGAGCCUCUGCUUUUCCAUUCUGGAGACCACUACCCCUUAUCUGAUGGGGACUGGUCCCCCUUAGACGCCCCCUAUACCCCGGCGGUGUGUCCUAAGAGCGACUCAGAGCUGGAGGUGAAACCCGCCGGGAGCCUGCUCAGAUCCGAGUCCCACAUGGAGUGGACGUGGGGAGGGUUCCCGGAGUCCACCAAGGUCAGCAAAAGAGAGAGAUCUAGGACAGCUAUGAUUACUCCAUCAGAAAAUACCCAUUUUCGGGUAAUUCCCAGCGAGGACAACCUCCUAAGUGAAGUUGAGAAGGAUGCUUCCAUGGGGGAGACGGUCUGUACCAUCGUGAAGCCCAAGCCCCGGGCCCCAGGGAAGCAGAGGAGUGGAGCAGCCCUGGCAUCGGGGCCUCGGGAGCCCCCCGAGGGGUCAGAUGCCCACCACCCUCCUCCCCCGUCCUUCGCCGAGGCACCCUCAGAAGCUAAACCAGCAGCUAAAGCCGACUCACCCUCGAAGAAAAGAGGGCCCAGGAUUAUUCACGUGAGAGCAGGUGAAAGAAUGCGUGACUCAGCGCGUGUUUAUUGGGCGGCUGUCAGGAGUGCGACCCUGACGCCCUCUUCCAUUCGCAUGGAUGAUGAGAACCCACACAGGGAAAGAGGUGUCCACAAGAGAAGCCAGCACCAGGGACCUGAUGAUAUUUACCUGGAUGACCUGAAGGCGCUAGAACCUGAGGUCGCAGCUCUCUAUUUCCCCAAAAGCGAGUCGGAGCCCGGCUCCAGGCAGUGGCCCGAGUCCGACACGCUCUCUGGCUCCCAGUCCCCACAGUCUGUGGGCAGCGCGGCCGCCGACAGCGGCACCGAGUGCCUCUCAGACUCUGCCAUGGACUUGCCCGACGUCACCCUGUCCCUCUGCGGGGGCCUCAGCGAGAACGGAGAGAUUUCUAAAGAGAAAUUUAUGGAGCAUAUCAUUACUUACCAUGAAUUUGCAGAAAACCCUGGACUUAUAGACAAUCCCAACCUUGUAAUACGGAUAUAUAACCGUUACUACAACUGGGCGUUGGCGGCUCCCAUGAUCCUCAGCCUGCAGGUCUUCCAGAAGAGCUUACCUAAGGCCACAGUUGAGUCCUGGGUCAAAGAUAAGAUGCCAAAGAAAUCUGGUCGCUGGUGGUUUUGGCGUAAGAGAGAGAGCAUAACCAAACAGCUGCCAGAGGCCAAGGAAGGGAAAUCGGAGGUGCCGCCGCCCAUCGACCGGCCGUCGAGCGCGAAGGAGCCAGCCAGUGGCAGGCCGGCUGAGGAAGACUCAUCGAGUGACGAGGGGUCCCAGGAGCUGGAAGAAUCCAUCCAAGUGGACCCCAUCCCUACGGAGCCGCCGACCCACAGCAGCACCACCUCCUAUAAGAAGUCUCUUCGUCUGUCCUCAGACCAGAUCGCAAAACUGAAGCUCCAAGACGGCCCAAAUGACGUCGUGUUUAGCAUUACAACCCAGUAUCAAGGCACCUGCCGCUGUGCGGGGACCAUUUACCUGUGGGACUGGAACGACAAGGUCAUCAUUUCUGACAUCGACGGGACGAUAACCAAGUCUGAUGCUUUAGGACAGAUCCUUCCACAGCUGGGUAAAGACUGGACUCAUCAGGGUAUCGCAAAGCUCUACCAUUCCAUCAAUGAGAAUGGCUACAAGUUCCUGUACUGCUCCGCCCGCGCCAUCGGCAUGGCCGACAUGACCCGCGGCUACCUGCACUGGGUCAACGACAAGGGCACGAUCCUGCCCCGCGGCCCCCUGAUGCUGUCCCCCAGCAGCCUGUUCUCCGCCUUCCACAGGGAAGUAAUAGAAAAGAAACCAGAGAAGUUCAAAAUUGAGUGUCUAAAUGAUAUCAGGAAUCUCUUUGCCCCGUCUAAGCAGCCCUUCUAUGCGGCCUUUGGAAACCGUCCAAACGAUGUCUACGCUUACACACAGGUUGGAGUUCCAGACUGCAGGAUCUUCACCGUGAACCCCAAGGGUGAGCUGAUACAAGAGAGGACCAAAGGAAACAAGUCGUCGUAUCACAGACUGAGCGAGCUCGUGGAACACGUGUUCCCACUUCUCAACAAGGAACAGAAUUCCGCCUUUCCGUGCCCGGAGUUCAGCUCCUUCUGCUACUGGCGAGACCCGAUCCCUGAGGUGGACCUGGACGACCUGGCCUGAGGCCGCACCUCCAGCGGGAGGCCCUCCGUCACUCGCCACGCAGCAAGGGAAGGUGACCAGCCCUUCUGCUGGACAGAGGACAUGGGGUCCCCUCCCGGCCACAGGUGUGGGACAAGACGUGCUGACAGUCGGGCACCAGCAGGGACGGGAAAGCUGCUGGGGCUGGAACCGCCUUCCCCCUUCCCCCUCCCGGGCCCUGAGGGGCUGCUGUUCGGUGCCGCGGCCGGAGCCGCGAGGGGAGCUCGGGCCUGAGGCCGGAGGCCUGGGCUCUUUUCACUGGCCUGUCCUCCCAUCACUGGCCUGUCCUCCCACACGCUCUGUGUUGUGUGCUGGGUGCUCCUUUAAUUGCCUGAUUUAAAAAGAAGGAAAAAGAAGCUAAGAGUGGACCAAAAUGUUGCACAAAGUAAAGUGUUCUAAUUUCCACUGG